UGGAAAGAGACUGAGCCGAGUUGGUGGCGUCCACAUGCUCCUAUCCGGGGACUUGCGUGGGACCAGGCGUAGGAGGCAGACCUGUCACUGCCGUGGCUGCUGCGAGGCUUCUCGUGGGCCUCCCUCUUCGCUCGAGCCACGCUUGUUUGCUUGAGGGUUUAUUGAUCAGAAUUACCCUCUCUACAUCCGCAGCACCCCCACGGAGAACGAGCUGAAGUUCCACUACAUGGUGCACACGUCCCUGGAUGUGGUGGAUGAGAAGAUCUCCGCAAUGGGGAAGGCCCUGGUGGACCAGAGGGAGCUCUACCUGGGCCUGCUCUACCCCACGGAGGACUACAAAGUAUAUGGCUAUGUCACCAACUCCAAGGUGAAGUUUGUCAUGGUGGUGGAUUCCUCUAACACAGCCCUACGAGACAAUGAAAUCCGCAGCGUAAGCGCAGGGGACUGGAGGACCACGCCUGGGUGGUGGAUGUUCCGGAAACUGCACAACUCCUACACAGAUGUGAUGUGCAACCCCUUCUACAACCCGGGAGACCGCAUCCAGUCCAGGGCCUUUGAUAACAUGGUGAUGUCUAUGAUGAUACAGGUCUGUUGAGCGACACUGCCGCCGGUUACUUCAAGGAGAUACGUCUGUACGUGACUGUGCUGUGGAGAUGCAUAUUUAUUAUCUUGCCUUUUCCUGAACAUAACUCACAUAACACUUGGGGCAAGGCCUUGUGCAUGGUGCCUCCCAACUAAAUGUCUCGUGAGAUGAGAUUUGGUUUUUUCCUUCUGUGUCAGCAGAAGUUUAGCUAGGGAGAGGUUACCUAAGGACUUUUAGGGACAUGGGCAGAGGUAAGGGAUUGGGCACAGCAGGAAGUAUGUUCCAGGCAGGGGAAGGGGUGCCUGGAACCCAGAGAGCUUGGAGCCUGGCAGGAGUCGUGACCACAGGUGGGAGAGCGGAGGGCGGGCUCCACCUCUGCUUUUGCUGUGGCCUUCCUGUGGUUGAAUGGGUGGGAGGUCGGUAGGGGUCAGCCUCCCCAGUCCAGAGCCAGUGUGAAGGGUGGAGAUGAUCUAGGGACCAAGGAGACAGCCGCAUCCCUCCCAUGUGGGCUGAGGGCCCUCCUCUCUCUGCACUUGGCAUCGUGUGCAUCUGGCCCAACGACUGGACGCAGGACUGGUCUCAGAAGGAGCCCUGGUGAAGUCUGGAUAGCCUCGUGGGUGCACAGCAUCGGGUCAGCUGCUGCUUGCUUUUUAAAUGCCAGGAUGAGCAAACUUGCAGAGCCCUUUUCCUGCCUGUCAGUGCCCAUCAGGUUGGGAGAGGAGCUGCUGGCUGCCGCUGCAGGCCCUGGCAGCCUGCCCUGGGGCUCACACCAGCCCAAGCCACUGUGAUUGGAUCUCCUAGUUGUGCUCCCCCAUGAACCUGUGCAGCCAACGUCCAGGUUACAGGAUUGAGGUGACAGCUCCUUGUGGGAAUCAGGCACCAGAGCUGGCUCCCCUCAUCAUCUGACAGUGCGGCCGGGAAGUGGCGGAGGCACUGGGGACCCCUGCUGGACUGAGCCCCAUCCAGGCCUUUACCUGCUUUGUGCAUACUCAGUGCUGUGGCUUCCUUGAGCUGAAGGACACAAGACCAAGACGGGGCCCCUCCAGAGUGCCCCCCAUCUCACCCCUAGUGCUGGUCCAGGAAAAGCCCCCAGGAAGCCGCGGAGGCGUUACCACUGCUCAGCUGGGGCUGGAAGGUGGACUUUCUCCACUUCUUUCUGUUCCUUCCCUUCUGAUGAGCACGGUAUUGAUUUUUUAAAUUACAGGAGAAAAAAACCUA